GAUUGCUAAUCUCAGCACGAACAGAUGAUCACGAAUUUAUACCCGAGGAUGAAGCGACGGUAAACGUUGAUGCAUUGGUGAACGAGGUCGACUUCGAACACGCAAUCCCAACUGCUAUACCUGCCCACCAUUUCGAACAACCCCGUCGUGCAACACCUUCGGUGCCUCCUGGAUUUUCCAUACCCACCUCGUCGAGAGCCAAUGUUAGCCAACAGGCUCAGCCAAUGUCUCGCACUGCAUCAUCUAGUAUAGCACCGGCUGUUCCAGUAGUGCCCGCGAUGCCCAUUCGCCCUGUGACGCCUACCAAGUCCAAGAAGGAGAAACAAGCCAAGGAUGCCAUACUUAGUUCGAACCAGAACACCCCCCGAACACCUGAAAUGAACUCUAAACCGGCUACUCCGAUUAAGUCUGAACGAAAGCCACCGGCUGCAAAAGCACAAGCUACUAAGACCAUGGCGAAGAACAAAUCGGAAUCGACGUCUUCGGCGAUAAUAGAAGGAAAUCAGGUGUCCACGCCCGAGCCUGCAUCUAAAUCAAAGACCGAUAAAAGCAACAAAAAAGCGAAUGUAACACCUAAACCAGAGAUGACAACGCCGCAGGAAGUCAAAGCCAUCGCCACGGCCGUGAAGACACCCAGCUCAUCCAAGCGGCAGCAUCCUGGUAAAUUAGAUAUAAGCGCUGCUACACAGGCCUCUGAUGCGGACUCGACCCCAUUCUCCAGCGCAGUCAAAUUGGACUCGAACUCGAAGAGUCUACGUGCCUCCUCCCUGUCGAAUUCUGGGUCUGUUUCAGAGAGCCCCGCGGCAACAUCGACUGGUUCUCCCAUCAAGCGUGCUACAGCACCGAGAACUCUUCGUGUUCUUCCCACGCCAAAAACAGAGAAUGUCGUACCUCUAUCAGCCAUUUCGACAGCUUCAGUUCCCCAUGUUCCGAAUGUCGAUAAACUUAGGUCUCGCCAAGCCAGCGUUGCUUCAAUCAAUCCACCUGGCACCCCUGUCAGCGACAUGAUCUCCGAUAUUGCGUCCGUAACAUCAACCUCGGUUUCCCGGGCCAAUUCUCCGCCUCCCAUUGGUGGCAAAGUCGGCACUGCUCCAGUUAGGAAGAAGACGAAAUCACAGGCUAAGAAAGAUCGACAGGAGAAAGCUAGACACAUGCUGGAAGAGGAGGUCUUAGCUGUAGAGGAACAGGCGAAAUUGGAAGCUGAACCUGUUCAAGCACCUAUCGUUGGGCGCAAGAAGAAGACCAAGAAACCGACUGUGACCAGCGCAAAACCUGUACAGAAUGCUGGGAAGAGUCGACCGACCUCGCCCAAACCGAAAAAUGUAGAAGAGAGAGAAGAGGAAAAGCCAGAAGUCAAACCAGUAGCUGCAUCACCGGUGAAAGCGACACCUGCCCCAACCGCUGCUGCACCUGUCCCACAACCACCUCCUAUGCAGGAGCCUGCAAGCCCAGGCGAACAUAUCAAGGAUAAGCGUGAACUGAAUCCGCAUUCAAUCUUUGCGGACCUUGAAAAGAAUGGGGAAUUAUUGACUUCCUCCCUUGAGUUCUUCAAGCCACUGUCCGCUUCCCUCUCGCACAGCGCUCGUACUACGCAGCCGAGCUACACUACGACUCCCCCUAAUUUGAAGCUUCACUUCUCCGAUGCGGACAUGGAUGCUUUAGCUAACAAGAGGCCGGUUCGUCUCACUGGCCAGGAUGGAAAGUCGGAAUCAAGAACAUUGAUCACGCCACAAGGGAAAUUCUUCUGGGGAUUGACCCAGGAAUUGGAGGAGAAGGCCUUGGAAUUGGAAAAGAAUAUCGAGGAACUGAAGGGGGCCGCACGUUUCUACCCACGAAAGCAUUCAGCGCACUCACCAAAUCAUUCUGGUGUCGCCCAAGCACAGUCACAGGACGUUCUCCCUGCCAUCGCUACCGCACUCAAAGAGGCAGGUGCCAAACUCAGCAAAUCGAACAGCGAAGCAAAUUCCGAUCAUCAGAUUCCAAAGCUCGACGCUACAUCUACUCUCCUCGGUUCAACAUCUCUACCACUGCCGCCCGUCCAUGCGUCGAGCGAUGGUUGGUCGGACCUAGAUAAUCCCAUGAACAAGUCACUAGACCUUUCAGGCUUGGCUUCAGUCCCAGCUCCCCAGCCCCAACAACAGACGCCUGCCGAUGCCAUCGCAUACCUGAACCAAUUUGUUCUACCAAAGACAGACAAUCCAUCGCCAAACGUAGUCAGAACUGAGAUGGCUGCUGUUGGUGGGCCUCCAGGCUCAGGCGUCGGUAGCAUGCCCGCAAAUGUCAACAAGAUUGCCAAAGCAGCCAAGGUAGUCGCAGAUAGCAACAUUGCUAGUAACGACUUGUCAGGUAUGGGUGCCAUAGCUGCAGACCUACUCGGUGGCGUUGUCGUCCAGGGUUUGGAAGCACUCGUCGGCGCCGGUCUUGGUUUCCACAGCAGCCAGGAUCUCAGCGUCGACGCCCAGGGCAAUGUCACGCUGGGAGGAAGCGGACUCGAUGUCCAGGGUCUCGUGGACGCCAUCGGAUCCGGUAGUGGAAUCGGAGGCUUCGGCACUGCGAACAAUGGCCGCAGGGGAAGACGAAGUGUGUUGUCGAUCGACGAAGCGGAACAGGCAAUGCUAGCCGCGAAAAAGGACCACGAGGCGUUGGAGAAGAAGCUGAUUAUGCUCAUGAGACGCAACAAGAAAAUGGUCUCCAGCAUGGGCAAAGCAUAAGCGGUGGCAUGGCUGAUAGACCCAACACUCGCUGUAGGCUUCCGAAAAGAAAUCCUUUAGUAUGAGGGAUAUGUAUUGUUUGUAUUAUUACUAGCCUGGCGCUAUUCAGUAUGAAUAACGAAAACGAAGUCCAUACAUGAUGUAAAAAUAAAGCAUUAAGA